GUUACAUUUAAGUGAUUGUUUUUUGUUGUAAUUAUUCUAGAAAGCAAAGCUUAACAUAAGUUUUUAUGCAAAUUGUUUAUUGAAAAGUUGUGCUUUCAAUAUAAUUAGAUCGCAUUAAUGUUUUAGAAGAUAUAUUAACCUAAUUCUAUUUUAGAAAUUAACCUACAAAAAUAUAUUGGUUUCUUUUUAAAACAAAGAUUGUUAAAGACUGAAUCAUAAUGUUUUCUUUUUUUAAAAAAUUAUUCAAUUUCCGAACGACAGAAACAAAUUCUGGCAAUAAAGACAAACAAGUCGAUUUGGAAUCAACUAAUGAUACUCAUUUAAGUAAAAAAUUGAAAAGCAAUGACAAUUAUCAAAGAGGUCAAUCAAGAAAGUAUAGUAGCUUUAGUAGCUUAAAUUCUAAUAAAACUGCCUUCACAAGUUCAGACAAAAGUCAGUGUCAGUCUUCAAGAAGAGCUGCAAAGAUGAUUACAAAACUGGCUGAUAGUAUGUUUUUGCAGUCUGAUGAAGAAAUCUCUGAUGAAAGUGACUAUGUAAUAGAGGAAUUAAGUAAAUAUAAAAAUAAACCAAUGAAUACACCCAAAAUGAUAAAAAAACCAUCUAAGAGAGAUUUGAAGCGAACAACAAUACGUUUCUGUCAGAAGUGUAAAACACUCAAGACUAUUGUUGGUCACGUAACUAAACGAAAGCAUUGUGAUAGAUGCAAAAAUAUUUUAUUUUAUAUAUGUUCUUAUUGCAAGGAAAAAUGUUAUGCUUCUCAUAAGGGCUGCAAGAUCAAGAAGAGUUCACAAGAAAGCUAUUACUGCUAACAAACAGAUAAAACUUA